CUCUACUCCAUCAGCUCCCCGUCCUGCUGCUGUGGCUGCCCGGAGCGAGGCGCCCCCUGUCGGCCGGCCGGAGAAGCGCGGACGCCGCGGGUGGUUUAAAAGCUCCGGCUGAGAAGGCGCAGCUCACAGAACUGAGGAGGUCUGCACCGGGAAAAGUUGUUCUCCAGUUAAGAGACUACAGACCACAGGAAAAACAGCAGAGAUGGCAUCCCAGGCGGAGCAGCGGCCCCCCCUGCACCUGACCGAGCUCACGGCGGCGCAGUUCAUCGAAAUCUGGAAGCACUUUGAUACAGACGGAAACGGUUACAUCGAAGGAAAAGAGCUGGAGAAUUUCUUCAAAGAGUUGGAGACUGCGAGACGAGGAUCAGGCGUGGAUCCUUCUCAUGUUACGUUUAAAGAAAAGAUGAAGGAGUUUAUGGCCAGAUUUGACAAGAAUUCUGAUGGCAGAAUCGAGAUGUCAGAGUUGGCCCAAAUUCUGCCUACAGAAGAAAACUUCCUGCUCUGUUUCAGAGAGUUUGUUGGAUCCAGUGCUGAAUUCAUGAAUGCCUGGCGGAGGUAUGACAGUGACCGUAGUGGGUACAUCGAAUCAAACGAGCUGAAGGGUUUCCUGUCAGACCUGCUGAAGAAAUCUAACAGAAACUACGGUGACAAGAAGCUAAAUGAGUUUACGCAAACAAUCCUCAGGAUGUUUGACCUUAAUGGUGAUGGCAAGCUGGGCCUGUCUGAGAUGGCGAGGCUUUUGCCAGUCCAGGAGAAUUUCCUGCUGAAGUUUCAGGGAAUCAGACUCACCGUAAAAGAAUUUGACUCCCUCUUUGCGUUCUACGAUAAGGAUGGCAAUGGCUACAUUGACGAGCAGGAGCUGGAAGCACUACUGAAGGACCUCUGCGACAAGAACAAAAUGGACGUGGACACGACUGGACUGGUGGAUUACAAAAAGAGCAUCAUGGCUCUGUCUGAUGGAGGGAAACUGUACCGCAAUGAGAUGGAGAUCGUCCUGUGCCGGGACUCCACGCUGUGACCUUCCCGCCUGGGAAGCUGGCAUCGUCCCGCACUGCUUCUGCCCUCCUACCUCCUAAUGUAACCUGAUGCAUGUGUGACCCUUAACCUCGCUACGGCACUUAGUGUGAAGACAAAAGUGCUCCUGAAAGCACAAAGUGUACUGCUGACCUUGCUGCUUUAGCUCUUUAGUCCUCUGAGAUUUGUUUUUCCAACAUGCAAUUACAUAGUGAGAUUGGCAUGGUGAUGAUGUAUUUAUUUAUUUGACUUCCUGAUUUUAAAAUGCAUUUGUAUUUUUUAAUUAUUCUUAUUAUGUCUCUCUCCCGCAGGAAUUAAGAUUAAAACUUCUAUAGCAUCUCAUUAUAUUUAUUCCAGUUUAAUUUAUUUAUUUAAUGAUGAGGCUUGUAUUGUUUUAUUAGAGAUAUCAGUGAGAGAAUGAAUAAA